AUGAACAAAACCUCGUCAGCUACCUAUUUAGAAGAUUGUGUUUUGCGGGGGGUAGAGCGCGAGGACCUCCAAGAGGUUCACGCGCAGCUGGCGGAACAGGAGCACUACGAUCACCAGGGGUUGGAACAAGGUGAAGACGAAGAAGGGGAAGAAAGUGGAGCUUCAGUCAACAUUGCGCAAUGCAGUAGUGCAAAUACUCACCGAGACACUAGGAACGAUUUCAUUGGAGGAAAUUCUCCAACACAUGGGGGUAGCAGCAACGAGUAUAUGCUAAACUAUUUGAACGCAUAUAUAAAUAAAAAUAUAAGGAACCCUAAAACACCAGAAAAUAUUAACCAACCCAAUAUAUUGACAAGCCAAUGUGCAGACCAAAUGAGAAAUGGAAAAAAUUCCACCAACGGUACUAUUAUGGAUAGCAGCAAACAGUGCAUCAGCAACUUUUUUAAAGACCGAGAUAAGGGCGGUAACCCUUUACAUGGUGUACAGGCUGCAGCCAACCUCCGCUACAUGCUAAUCCCAAAUGAGAACGAGCGAAAAGAGGACGUAAAAUGGAACCAACACUUAAGUAAUUUUAUACACACGGAACUACAACACGGCUUCGUGGACAAUACAGUGCAUGCGCCAAACAGGAGUAUCCUCAUGAACGGAUCGCAUUGUUCAGAUCAACGAACAAAGAACGCACACGAUUGGGAGAAAGCAGCAGCCGUGUUGGCGGAGGACGUGGGGAAUAUCUUUGUCAAUAAAUUUCACCCAGAUGGGACGGGAAUCGCCACCGGUGGCUUGAGGCAGCCGAGUACUACACACAGCUUCCAAAAAGACCCCAAGAACGAACCCAACCCUAACAACGCCAGAGGGUGCGAAAACUACAAGCUAUCACCAAGUGCAAGUGAAAAUCUCUCCCCGAGUAAGAGGCCAAUCGAGUACGAUAAGGUCCAUGGGAUGUUCCUUAACAGUGUUGGGGAGAAAAGCGCCAAAUGGGCAAUCCACCCCAGUAGGAUGGAAGAAAAAGACCCUAUUAUACUCACCGACCAUGAAAAAAUGAACUGUGCAAACAGGAACGGGAAGGCAAAUGAUGAAAUACGCCCCCCAGUAAUAAAUUAUUCAAAUCAGUACAUGAGAGGACAAGAGAAGGAAAAUUACCAAAGCUUCCUCCAUGUAAUUAAUAAAAAAAUGGAAAAUUUUUCUAAAGAUAGAAAUGCUAUUGCUGUGGAAAAUAUGUACAAGUCAGACUUCCAAUCCUUGAAUGCAUCACUUAACCAUAACAACACCCCCAUAUAUAUGAACAAUACUGAUAAGGGACCCACUGUGGGAUGCACCAAAAUAAAUUUAGAGGAAGAACAAACCCCUAUUCAUAACACAGUCGCAUCGACGGUCAAUCCAAAUUACCAUGCAGCAUUCGUACAUAACGAGUCAAAUGCAAAUUGUGAAAAAACAAAUUUGAAAAAGGUGCAACAAGAACGGCAACACAUACUACUACAGCAAGGUUAUGACGAUAAAGCAACUCUGGUUGCUACUCCGGGAUUCUUUUCCCGUCGGGGUUCCUUCGCACAGGAGGGAAUGCAUCCUUGUGGGUUUGUCGAUAGCCACGGAAGAAAAAUCUCCAUCGAUGCGAACGCAAUGAGGGAUUUAGAAAUGCUGGGAGGUCAGGGAAGCGGAGCGUCAGAUGUCUUCCCCUGCAAUGGCGACCCAGGAAAGAAUAUAAAAAAUUACUGCGACAAUGAUGAGGAUGGCGAUGGUGAUGACGAUGAUGAGGAGCAGGAAGAGGAGGAUUCUCCCGAGGUGGCUAAAGUAAAUGGCGUAAAUUUUUCCAACAACGUGCAUAGGCUACGUGAAGAGUUAAACUUUAUUGAAGAGGGACUAGUGGGCCACCAGAAGGAACGAGGCUCGAAUAGUUGUUUCCAUUUUGUUCAGAAGGAGAACAAAAUAAAAAGUCCUCCUCCUCACGUUGGCGAUUAUGAUGAUCGUGGAGUGUCUGCAGGGAGUGGCGACCUCGGCGACCCUGGUGAUCAUUUGGACCACACGGACCACGCCGAAAUGACCGAAGCACAGUGCGUGAAUUACGCAUUAGAAAAGGGAGUCGGAGCUGUCACCAGCGCAGGGGAGGAAGAGGAUAGCGGCACCAAUAGGAACAGCCCAGGUGGAAAUGAGAACUGCUCCAGCAGCAGGAGAAGUAGCCGCGAACACAGUUAUAACAACAACAAUCCAUUUAAUGUAGAGGCCUUUGCAGGGGACCCAUUCAUUGUCGAUCCCUUGCGCAACGACCCCUUUGGAAGCGGCGAGCCCUUUGCAGGUGAUCCUUUUUUUAAUGAUCAUCACUGUGGGGGGAAGGACGCAUUGUGUCUCAACCAGAUAGGAACGUACAGUGAACACAACGAGUAUUAUGCCAACGUGCAUGACAAUGAAGAAAACGAUAAUGCUCUCGACAAUGUUAAUAACAAUGCCACCUUGAAUGAUGAUUAUGUUUUUCCAUCCAGUGGAAAAAAAAAUCACCACCAUGAUCUAGAAGAUGGUGGUGUUGUCCCACAAGACACCCAGGUUCAAUUUGACAACGAAGGUUACCUCUUCGCAGGCAGUAGCACCAGCAAUAACAAUUGUGUGUCAGUAAAACAGGUGCCUACAGGUGCAAACGCAUUCGUCCGCUCGACCAGUCGUCCCCACCAGGACGAUUUCAUGUGCAAGCACUUGAGUAACGACCAUGUGGAAACGGCGAACGCGAGUCAAAACACAUGUCAAAUGCACCAGGACAGUGACUUCAGUGACGCGGCUGCCAACGAUCGAGGCGGUCGCAUCAAUGGAAGCAGCGACGGUACCAACGGGCAUAGCAACGGUCAUAGCAACGGUCAUAGCAACGGUCAUAGCAACGCCCAUAGCAACCGCAGCAAUGGAAGCAGCACCACGGGCGGGGAAGGGGACAGAACAUUGUUCAGUAACACCCACCUUGGGGGAAGCGAAACAAAUUUCACUCAAAAGAAAAAUGUAAGUGACGCCCAUGCAAAUCAGGACGACGUACUCCGCACCACAGCAACAAGGCAAAGUAGCCACUUCAGUUUAAACAAUUGUGUUAUCCAUGUGAAGGAUGAUAAUACCCCCAGAGAUGAGUCGCAUCCUGUGGGGAAUCUCUUCGUCAAUCAAGACCCAGCGCCAGGUGUUGUAGAGGGAGCCUCCCCUUGCCUAGAGGAAGAAUUUCUACGCACACGGCAGAAAAUUGAAAGGGCCAUUACGCCCACAGAUCAUGGUGGGCCUGAUAUGACCGGCAGUGACAGAUCUGUCGAGUGCACCCGGGGAGAGAGCGGAACAGACGGAAAAAACGAACACGUAGAAAUGCUCUCCCGUGUUCAGGAGAACAAGGUCUACCAAAAUCGUGUUAUAGAGGAAGAAGUAAGUAACAAGGAGCUGCAUGCCAUUGGCAGAAACUCAUUUGACGACGCAACCUUUGGUAGAAACUCGUUUGAUGAUGGAACCCUUUUGAGCAACUCCCAUCGCGUGCAAAAAUACAACCACGCAGAUGUGACGUUAACACACGAAGGCUACCCCCUCGUGGAUCGAAACUUUCAUAAAAACGGAAUCACCAUAAAUACAAAUAGCAUUAUCACCCAUGGAAGCAGCAUGGUCAGCAAUGAAGAAGAAUGGAUGCACUUGAAUGGGGAGUACAAUCAGGUGGGUUAUCACCUAAGCAUCACUAAAGCGAAGAGGAUAGGAAACCCAAUCAACUCCAACAGUAGUAGUAGUAGUGUCAGUGGAAGAAAUGCCCAUAACACCUUGGCAGGCAGUGCCAGUGUUGUCGGAAAUGCGAACAAUUUAAAUCAUGUGAAUGCGAAGUUAAAGGGGAGUUACAUCCCUUCCAGUCAUUUAAGAGAUUAUUCUGGCUUGGGCUCCAUUAGCCGUGGAAACGGCUUUGGCGACGCCCCAGCUUCUGCCCACCAUGGCAACUUACAGGGACUCCAAAAUGACACUGGGCUAAUACAGCGCUCUCAGCAUGUGAGGAACGAAGUCUUGCGAGAUAGGAGCAUGGAGGAAGGAACAGCCAGAGGUUCUUACAACUGGAACAGUGAAAGAAGUACCCAUUAUGACCCCUCCAUAUUUUGCGGAAACACUAAUGAAACGAAAAAUUUGUUAACAAACUUUUUUGAUGCUGUUGAAUCGGGUACUUUGAACCAGAGAGCAAAAGUGGGAGGAGCCAUAGCAGGAGCAUUCGCCAGCAGUGGAAACGAACAACACGCUGUUGAUAAUUUUAAUUUUUCACGCAACGGGUAUCAGAAGCAGAGUGAAGUGAAAAACCGUGAGAAGUUCCCUCCGACCACUGAUCGUCCAAACCAUAGUGGAAGCAAUUCAAACCACCUACAGAAUGGUAACACGAUUGAUAUGUUUAGUAAUGCAAGUCAGGUUGGAAGAGUGAAGAGUCUAGGCACGAUGGACAUCCUGAGUGGGAGAGUCACACAUGCGGAAAUACCAAAUGGCAGCCUCCCCAGUGGGGAAGUACCAAAUGGGGCCAUCUCCAAUGCGUGCAAUGGAGGCGCCCACAGCUUCAACCACUUCAUGAGCAAAAAUGGAGAGGGACAAGAAGCGCACCAGAAGGUGGCGAACUCGAUGACAGGUCCUACUUCGAAGAAUGUAAAUUUGGUAGAAAAUCACCUCCUACCCCAGAAGAACACACCCCCUGUCAUGCAAAACAACAGAAAUAAUAAUCUCGUACAUUCCAUUGUCUAUUAUAACCCCAGCAAGCUUCUCAUUAAUAAACAUAUUCACGCCAAUAAAUGUAUGAACGGCAAGGUAAAAAUUAUGAAUAAUGGAAAUGCCGGCCCACAUAACAGCAACAAUAGUGUGGGUAAUUUGGGGGGAGACGCUCGACUUGGUGCCAAUCCUGCGCAUGUUUUGGGAGGCUCCAAUUUAUUGCAGGUCGACAAUGAAAGCAGAAAAUACCUAACCGUUCUAAACAGCAACAGCAGUGGUGCUGGUAUACUGCCUGUGCCCCACAGGAAGGGGAAUAAUUAUCCUCCAACCGAUGCUAGUAAGGCGAAAGGGAAAAUGAUCCCCCCAGCGUUGAUGGGCAGUGGUGACAAGGCAAACUCGACUAGCAGCCAAAUGGAUGCAUGUAGUAACCUCGUGAUGUCUACCCACGGAGGGAUCACACACACAACGAUUAGUAGCGCCACUAACUGUACCAACACCUCUCCGCAUGAACACAACUCGAGUGUGUCCUUCAGUAAGGUAGGGGGUGCAUAUGCCCCGUCCACAAAUGCAGGAACAAUGACCUCCUCGCAUAUGAUGUCAAGCCAUAAAAUGAACAGCUUUGUAAUUAAUGAAAAUCUUAGUGACAUUAUGUUGAGCCAAAAUUUUAAUACCUUUUUUAAUAACGCCCGACCGAAUAUACAAGCAGGGGCGAGCAGCACUCUAUGUGGAAGCAUCGGAGGUGUAUCAAACGUAAACAACUCCACUGCGCAGGGUGGUAUUAUUAUCCCUUCAAAGAAGAACGAAUUUAUGUACAGCGGCAUGAAGAGCAAUCUGGGGGAAGGAAAAAGAAAUAACAUGUGCGAAACGGUUAGUACCUACUGCAAGGACAACUCAAACGAUGCGUCCAAUAUAGGGGAGGAAAGUUUUUUUCAUGUAGGUGGCUCGACGGGUGGAGUACCCAGCGAAGGUGUUGUGAAGGAUCAGACGUCACAUCAUCACCUCACCCACCCCAAAAUGAUAGACGCGAACAGUAACAAGUUUGCCAGUUUUAUUGGUAACCCUAAAAUGAGGAAAGAUGUAAAGACAAAUAAAAUGAUGGAGUCACAUGUUAAUCACUCCUUUGUGAGUAGCAAGAAUGGGAAAGGCAACAGCGGUAGGUUUAAUGAAUACUCGAAGCAUGUGGUGGAGGAGCAUUUUGAGGGAGACACGAAUCACAACUCCAGUGAACAGAAUGCAGGAGGAUCAUUUAAUGAAAGGAGAAAGCCCGGCAUUCCCCACUACACAAAAGGGGGCGCCAACAACAGAUACUUGAAUGGAGUGUUGAGCGGAGACCCUAAGGGCAAUGGAAGUAAUGUAGAAGAUUUGACGAAGGAAAUUUUUUUCCCCAGUGGAGCCGACGGAGUGGGUACGCAAAACGGACACACCCACCCCCAUUUUCGAAAAAAUUUUAUGCGAAACAAGAAUAUGUACAUGAAGGCUAGCAAUGGUGAAGUGUGGGGAGCCGCUGGGUCGAGGGACUAUAAUAAUAUUCCUCUUCAAAGCGGGUUUGAUGAUAAAGGAAGAGAUGGUGCUGUUGUAACUGGCGUGGCGUCUGCUUCAAUGGGAGAUGCUCGGCUCUUCCGCAACCACCCGAUGAAUCACACCAGAGGUAGCGGCGAACACAGAAUUGAGGACCAGAUGAGUCACUACGGGUACAAGGCUGAACUCGCUGCCGUAACGGUAGACCCGGAAAAAGUGUGCAAGGAAGACGAUGAUAAAAAUACUACUAAGGCUCAGGAAAGAAGGUACGGUAUGCAGGCCGAGGUGUUAACCAAAUGGACGGGUAGCUUGGGUCAGGGCAACACGGUUAGCAGCAGCACCAACAGUGGUAGCAGUAACAACGGUAGUAGCAACUAUAGCGGCGGGGGAGGCACAUACACGGCUGGCGGCAAUUAUGCUGCUGCCAAUUACGCUGUUGGAGGCAACAGUGCAAGCAUGAACAACGUGAUAAGGGCUAUGGUACAAAACCCACUGAAUUGUAACGGAGGUGUGGUAGCGAACCACGCUAGGAAGGGAGGAGCACCUGUUGGUGGGGCAGGAAACCUCAUGGGACUAUCCUCAGGGCACAUGGCGCAGAACCCAAGGAACAUCAACAACGAUGGCACCGUGCCAAACGAUUUGUUAAUGAAGGGAAAAAAUUUCGAGGAAUUGAUAUGCAGCAAGGGCUACGCUCCGAGUAGGUACCCGCAGUGUGCGUAUAAUAAUGUGAAUACGAAAAUGGCUAACCCGAUUCAGGGUGCCUCAAGUCCCCAUCACCAUGGUGCGCAUGGUGGCGUUCGUAGCGGCAUUCAUAGCGGCCUGCAGAGCGCUCCGCAUGGCAGUGUCCCUAACGUGUCGCUUAACAUGCUCCCCACCUGCGCGGGCGGCCCCGUCAAACACAACGAAGAUUUAAGAAUCAGUGGAGAAAAAAAUAACCUAAAGGUGGCAGGCAGCAACAUGAACAUGAGAAAUGCAGUGAAUCAGGAUGUGGCCAUGUACAACUCGGUGGGAGGCAUUUGUUACAAUAAGAACAGCAGUGUGGUUCCCGCGGUAGGUGGAACGAGUGUGAGCGGUGGCGGACACGGAGUAGGUGUGAAUGGUGGCGGACACGCAGCAGGAGGAAGCAACAACAACAGCAUGAGGGGUCCAAGUGUUGAAUCAUUUAAUUACGUCAUGAGCAACGAGCAGACAGGAAAUCUGAUGCAACAACACGCGCUAGAGAAUUGCACAAAGAACAGAAACAUUUUGAAUAAUAAUUUGAAAAUGAACAUGGGAAAAAACUGCGCAAAGGUUAGAAACGCGCAUCAUCAGAGUGGUUAUGCACACCUCGUGGUGCAGCCCAACGGGGACGUGCGAAAUGGAGGACAACCUUCCAUGGUGAUGGGCGGUGCGCAAGCAGCAUUGGCAUCGCCAGCUGUAGCAGUGACGAGCGUAACUGGCGUGACAGGGGGAGGAGCAACGAUUUUGCACAACCAGAACGGAGGAGGCCUCAGCGAGUACGCGCAGCAUUACUAUGAACAGCAACAGCAACAGCAACCCCUCCUGCAGUUGCACUCGCACCAUCAGCUGCACCCCCUUCACCAGAUGCAUCCCUCAUGCGAACCCGACCACGGGCAGCAUGCCAAGUACCUCUCCAACACCAGCGACCUAGCCAUUAAAAAGAAGGAAUACGAAAAUGUGUUCAGGUUGUCCAAAAAUCAGCUUUUAAAUCUUGAGAAUGAAAUAAAAUAUUUAAAAUCGCUAGCUGCGUAUAAUAUAAAGCCCAAGGACCUAUACUUUGAAACGUGCGAAGAGACAGAUGCUUUUACUUACGAGAGUGGUGGUGUGACGAAUGGAGAUUACUGUUAUACCCACCAUCAGCUGCACCAAGGGGGAGCAGGAAUAGGUUGUGUGGAUGGUAAUGGCCUACCCAUGGGAGCGGGUGCUAAUCAAAUGAACGGUAUGUUAAGUCCAGUUGCGAACUCAGCAGGAAAUCACUACCACGUGAAUGGAGGCGCCAGAGGAGGUGCAGUAGUAGCUGCAGCAGGGCAGCUGAUGGACCAACCGCCCCUGGGUGGCAAAAUGAAAAGAGAAAAGGGAAAAACAAAAUUGUAUACAAACAAGUUUAGCAGCAAGUUCAAAUACACAGUGAUUGAGGAAGGAUCAUUCGGAGUGGUCUACAAAGGAUGGUAUAAAGGAAUGCAUGUAGCUGUGAAGGUACCAGUAGAUAAAAUGGCCAAGCAAGACCCAUACGGCUUAACCAAAAGGUCCAUCAACGAAUGGAAAAUCCUGUCGAAAUGUGAUCACCCAAAUAUAAUUAAAUUUUGUGGAGGAAUCAUACACAGCUAUUUUGACAUUUGGCUAGUAACCAAGUUAGUUAACGGAUUAGAUCUGCACACGAUAAAAAAUAAUAUGAAGAAGGACGACAAAGUGAUGAGCAUAGAUGUGUCUUUGAAAAUGUGUAGGCAGCUAGCCAAUGUAAUCAACUUUUUACACACACCCAUAAAGAACAAAAAGGACGUAAUUAUACAUAGGGAUAUCAAACCUGAAAAUUUAAUCGUUGAUGAUGACUGGAACAUACACCUGUGCGAUUUUGGUGACUCAGAAGAAUGUGAAGAUGGAAUAGUAACCAAUGUUUCAGGUGCCACAUGGAUUUAUGCUCCUCCUGAAUUAUUAACGUGUCACCCUUUGAAGCAGAGUAGCGAUUAUAACUUUUUAGAACAUACGAAAUUGUCUUACAAGUGGGAUAUUUGGUCCAUGGGAUGCGUAUUUCAAGAAAUGAUGAAUCUGCCUUCCCCCUUUCAACAUUAUAUUAUUACAUUCGAUGAGUCAGACCAGAUAUAUGAAAAGCUCGUGGAUGUGUUUACGAAGAAGUUGCCUCCUUGUAUUCAUUCUAAGAUUGAAAACUCUCCCUUCGCUGAUAUCAUUCGGCUGUGUUUAAACUAUGACCCGAAUUUACGCCCCACGGCAUCUGAAAUCGUUCAGCUGCUUAACCAGCCGGACGAGUACCUGCUGCUCAAGCGGGCCUAG